GGAUGGUCCUGAAUUGUGAAUCAUCCAAAUUACGAACACCCCGUUAUGGAUGCCUUCGACUUCCUCGAGACCCUGCCGACAGCGACGCUGGAGCGUCUGUACCAGGACCCAUGGGCAUGCCAGGCCAUUUUCCAAGCACUGCCGCCUCUUGCGCAGCAGUUUGUGAUGCGUCUUCUCCCCACGAACGCUGCAGUGCCGCGUGAGCUGUUGGAGCAAUGGGUCGUGCCCCUGCCCGGAGAAGCCAAGCGCAUGCCGCCACAAUUCCACGCCGCUUUGCAGAAGUUGGAGGGGCUUCGUGUGUUCGUACAGCAGGACGGGGGAUAUAGACCCCAUCCAACCUUCCAGAAGCAGCUCAUGUACGCGCUGAGCAACUUAGGUGGGUCUCCAUGGGAGCGCGGGCGGCUGCAUCUUCCCAAGGAUCCAGAUAAUACGUUCGCUGCUGUGGAUCUGGAGCGGUAUGCGAGGGCACGAUGGGACUCGGUGCUGCACUACAUGGUGGGGUCUACCGCCGUACAGGAGCCGCCCCAAUCCGUGGUGGAUAUUCUGCUGCGUACAAAACUGCUGCAAGCCAGUGGGGCGGACUCCAGGGCUCUGCAUAUUACAGACACGGGCUACGAGUUCAUGCUGAAGGACAUCCACGUGCAGAUGUGGAUCUUUAUGUUGGAGUAUAUCCGCACGCUGGAUAACACGGGCACUCUGAAACAGGAGGAUAUUUUGCAGUUCCUAUUCCAGAUUAGCUACUGCCAGACUGGAGGAUAUUAUGCAGUAGCGGAUCUGACGGAGACGCAACGACUAUUACUCGGAGAUUUUAUUGACUUCGGAUUGCUGUUCCGGAAACGUCCGAAUUCGGAUCGCUUCUACACAACGAGUCUGGCUGUGAACCUCAUUUUCGGUGGAUCCACGGGACAGAAGCGCAGCCAUGUCAGUCUCACGAGCCCUUUCGCUGGUGUGCGGGCUGGUAUGAAGUCACAAGUUGCAGACCCGCGUCAGGCUCCGACAGUCGACCAUGGCGCUCAGUUACUCGUGGUUGUGGAGACGAAUUUCAAGAUCUACGCGUACACUACGUCGACUCUGCAUGUGGCAAUGCUCAGUGUGUUUGUGGACAUUGUGGCACGACUGCCAAACUUGGCCAUUGGCUUUAUCACUCGAGAAAGUCUGCGCUCAGCUCUGAUCCACGGCAUCUCGGCACAGCAGAUCUACGACUUCUUGAUGAAACAUGCACAUCCGAAGAUGCGACACAACUCACCUGUGAUCCCUGAAAAUAUUGCCGACCAGAUCUACUUGUGGGAACGCGAGCGGAAUCGCGUGCAGUUUAUGGAGGGAAUCCUAUUCGACGGUUUCAACACCAAGGAAGACUAUGAGAGCGUUCGCGACUAUGCGAAGGGCCUCAAGGUGCUCACGUGGUCGGAUCCCAUCCACUUCAGACUGUCCAUUGCUAAUGCGGGUAUUGACGAUGUCCGUCACUACAUCCAGAACCAGCUCUCGACUCGAGGAUAGACUGCACACGGAUAAAAGACAAUGGACACGAAGUGAGGUUGCCAAGAUGGGGUAACUUACUAAUGAAGCACUGAAAAUAAUAGUUAGUGGCUCCAGGCUGUGAUCUAGUCGAUCAAAGCAAAGCUCCCUGUGCGUCCCGACGCACACAGUGGACCGGCCCUUGCUGUCUUGAUGUCUAUGCUAAGCAUUCUUUCUCAUUGUUUGAACUUUCGUCGGAGUAACGACUGCGAGGAGAUGAAAGCAGCGAUGAAGUUGACGACGUGGACGACGUGGAGUCGAAUAGACGCUUGUAGAUGGAACCGCAAAGCAUAAGAACUGAAAACGAACAGAGCAUAUUUCUAAUGUUAGUACUUCGUUUUGACUUUGGGAUAAGGGAAGAGAUGAAUUCACCUUUUGUUGAUGUUGA